CGCCUCCUAACCUCCAUCCGAAGAUCAACAAAUCUAACUCUGUAGAUCUAUCCGUGAAUUUGAUAUAACCAAUCUUCCUACACAAUGGGCUUCUUUUCACCCGCCCCGUAUCAUAUUCUUAGCUAUGGCAUCCUGCUAGGAGCAACCGUCUUCCACACCUUCAUCGGCGGCAUCAUCUCCUUCCGCGUUCUUCCGCGCCCCCAGUUCGGCGCGCUCAUGGCCAAGAUCUUCCCCGUCUACUUCGCGAUGCAGGCGGGGCUGCCCGCGGCGCUGGCUCUGACCUACCCGGGCAGCCGCAACCCGUUCGGCGUCGCGGGCGGGCUGGCCGGAGUGCUGGACCCGUCGAACCGGUGGACGGUGCUGGCGCCGCUGGCGAGCGCGCUCUUGUGUGCCGUCGGGAACUUGGUCGCUGUCGGGCCGCAGACGACUAGGGUCAUGGAGGAGCGGCGGCAGCAGGAAAGGAAAGACGGCAAAAAGGCAUAUGACGCGCCGCCGCACUCACGGGAAAUGCAGGUGCUCAACAGACGGUUCUCGAUGCUGCACGGCAUUUCGUCACUGCUGAACCUGGGAACCCUCGUUGCGACAGUCGUGUAUGGGGUCACCCUCUCGUCACGUCUGUCGUAAGUCUCUGGCGGGGGUGCAGUUGCAGAUCCGCUGGUAGCUAUUCUCUAUCCUGGACUGGGUCUGCGAGGAAGCGGAGGAAUUACAAAGUCCAUACAGGCCAUCCAACCAAGGUGACCGACAACCGGUUUCUGACCCAGCUCUUCUUUGGUAUCGAAAUCGCAAGAAAACGAAGCACCUCUAGCUUUUCGGUCGGUCCUGUUCAUCCCGAAUUUUGUCUUCUCCCCAGAAUAAUCCCCUGACCCGGAUUGUGUCUCUCUAUCUGCCCAGACCAAAGCAUCUCGGUGAAGGUGGAACGAAAAAAAGAUUGAAAAAUCAAAGAUAAAGCCAGCCGCUAAACGCCUCAAUGAUGCCCGACCGUCUCUGCAAAUACAGGCUCCGUCCGUCUAAGAGUCGAAAGAAACAAUUCUAAGUCAUCGCGCAGCAUCACCGCUUCUCGACAAGCGCAGCAAUCUUCUCCCGGUCCAUCCGCAACUUCUGCUUGGUCUCCUCGAACUUGCGCGCCCGCUCCGCGAGCUCUUCCGCGGUCCUAGGCUCGUCGGUGAUCUUGGACUCCCUAGGGUUCCGCAGAUAGUAGCUGAGCGAGUGCUUGCCAGGCUUGCGCGCGAGCAUCUCAUCCAAGGACAGCUCCUGGGUGGGCUUGGGGUACUCGCGCGACAUAGGGUCGAGCGCGACGACGUGCGUUGCCGAGCGCCGCGGUGCUGGCGGCCGGUCGUCUUGAGAGGCGGGGGCCAGUGUCGUGUGGGACCGUUGCGGGUGGUCGGGUUGUUGUUGUUGUUGCUGCUGCUGCUGCUGCUCCGAGGGCGCGGUUGAGGUUGAAGAGAUGGAGGGCGAGCGCUGGCUCUGGGGCGAGGAUGGAGGGAAAUAGUCGCGCUCGCUAGGCGCGAGAGAAGAGGUUGAGGACUCGGGCGAUGGAAUGGGCGGGCUGCCGGCCGCGCUGUGCCCCGAGUUGGGGGGCAUGGGGACGUCGGUCUGCUUCAUCGGGGUUGACCCGCCGGCUUUGGAGAAGAACGAAGAUGAGAAGAAGGAGGAGGUUGUGCCUUCGGAAGGCGGGUCGCGCGCGGCGGCCGGGGAGAAGAAGGAAUAGAGGGAUUCCCACGUGAAAGGCAUUGUGGGCGCAAUUUCGAGGUUUGUGGUCGGCGGUUCGGGAAGGUGAGAGGGAAGGUGGGAAAAAAGGCUGGUUAGUCGGGUUCAAGCUUUGGCCUGAACCCUAAUUAUAAUUACUCCUCCCAGGAUGUUCCCCGCGGUUUUGUCAGUGAUUCUGGGAAGGUGCUGCGGCCAGCACCGGUGGACCCCCACGGAGAGUAUCCACUUGGUGCGGUAGUGCGAGGCUCGAAUUGUUGGAUCUGAUGAGAUAGAUGCACCCACGCGCAGGGCGUGGACAAAUAGCGACGGUAAGGGUCCAGGGUGGGGGGUUU